CAGUGAUCGCGUGAGCUUCGUCAGCAAAAAAGAAAAACUAGAUUUAUGCACAAACAAUUAAUUUUCGUUCUGUGAAGUGAACUGAAACCGUGUUAUAAGGCCAAAAACCAGCGCCAAGCAAGCCCGAGAAGCCCCGAAAAAAAAGAAUAUAGAUACAAAAAAAGUGCAGUGUGAAAAGCAAAGAGCAAAUCAUGUGAAGAACCACAAUUUAUGCUCGAGUGACAAGAAAAACAACACGAAUUUUUACGUGGCAGUGAAUUCCGCCGAGAAGAUGCCAAUUGAUUUUGAUUUUCGCAAAUUAUAAAGAGACAUUUAUAUGAUUUGAUAGCUGGCCAGAAAUUCGCAAACAAUUCCCGGCGACCAGGCAAGGUCAUAUCGAUUGUCAUCAGCUGCUGUCGGCACCCCACCGCCCAACGCCACCCAACACCGCCCAUCGCCACCCACUCCCAGCCACCCAACGCCCAACGGAAAAGCAAACAGAGCGAAUAUGCCAAGCUUGCACAAGCCAAGAAGGUUCCAGCACCAGAUGCUAAUACUAUACGUACUAAUAUUUGUUUCCAGUGCAACGACACUUGACCAGGAGCCUUUGCCGGAUUUGUGUGAGUCGGUUAAAUGCCCGCCGGACGGCGAAAUGCAAUGCCCGCCGGACAGUGCCGUGCGCCAGGACCUGCAUGCGGUGGACCUGAUUAAAUCGAAUGCCGUGGAGUUGCCCCCCCUGGAUGACGUAUCGUCGGGGGAUGGCGCAUCCAUAUCCUACAACAGCAGUCUGGUCUCCGAGUGCUGUGUGAGCCGAAAAUGCGUGUGCAAGACCUGUUACAUUCCGGACUGCGAUGCGGACUCGGAUAAUGAGCUCGUGGUGGUGGAUCUGAAGCCGGAGAAUAGCAAGCAGCCGGGAGAAUGUUGCGGCAUCCACGAGUGCCGGACGGAGCCGAAUUGCACGGUGGUGCGAGACACGGACUACGAGUGGCGUAAGCAGUGCCAGCGGUGCAAGUGCGAUUCGGGGCUGAAGAUUUGCCACAAGGACUGCGAGGAGAGGUCGGAGGGUGUGUGCCAGUCGAAGAAUUCCGAGAGGUUCUACAAAGACGGCGAGACCUGGACCGAGAGCUGCAAGACGUGCGAGUGCGUGAAGGGGGAGCCCAAGUGCACGAUGGCCUUUUGCGGCGUCCUGAGCUGUCCCCCAGAGCGGCAGUACAUGCUGAAGGACUCCUGUUGUCCGGCCUGCUGGCCGAAGUGUGCCCCAAUGCCGCAUGAGAAGCAGGAGGAUGAGUCCUACGCGGAUUAUGACGGUACGCCUGACACCCCGGAGACAGAUGCAUCGGAGGCACCAGAGGAGGAAGCACUGCCCCCACUGCUGCCUGAUCCACUGACCACUCAGGAAAGUGCAGAGCUAAUGGAAUCUAGCACCACCUCGACCACAACCCCUGCCGCACCGCUGGCCGCCAAUGCAUUUGACCAACCGAAAGUGGAGGAGGUGCCUAGCCAAUUUAAUGUAUCCUUUAUUCUUAUGGCCUAUUCGGGUAUAAUGACCCUUCUCGCUGUGGGCAUGGGCUUCUAUAUUUACGUGCAGCGUGCCAAGAAACGUUCCUACGAUCCUGUCUCCAUCCUGGACCACAGCAUCUAAGCAAGAGAUCUUUCGAAAUACUACUAACAAUACUACUAAAAAGAGAAAAGCAAUUUAGACCUAAGUAUUCCGUAUUUUCCAACUUUAUGUUGCUUGCUUUUUGAGUGUGACCAUGCCAUGUGUUAAUAAUGCGUGAAAGCCAAGCCUGGUCACUCUAAAUUAAUCAGUUUAAUCGCUUAGAUAGGAAUACCAAAUACCUUAGCCUUUCUAAUGCCUUUGCCUUUGUUUGGUAUUGAUCUCAUUUUAACUUUUCACUUGCAACACACACAAAAAACAUGAAACGAAUGAAAAUCACAUGAAAAUAUAAGCAACGAACUUCCGCAGCAACAAAAUAAAAGUAUUCUUAUGAAAUUACGCAAAAAUAUUUAACUACAAACGAAACAAGAGUUACUAUUACUAAACAAACGCAAUCGAUGUAUGUACAUACUAUAAGCUUUCCCACUCCCCGGGAAGUCUACUUUUUUAAAUAUAAACUUUGAUUUAAGAGAAAUAUAAUACCAAAUCAUGUUUAGGAGCGAGUAAGAAAAUGUAUCGAAACCACUCGAGAGACGUCUUAGUUCUUAGUUUUAGCUGCUAGUUUAGGAAGUAUGUGAUAAUAUGCUAAUUAGCCUAUGUAAUUUGUCAACCAAGGCACGCUGCUGUUUAAAAAUAUGGAAAACAGUAUUUGCAACACAAGACCCAAAAGCCCCGGAACGAAACGGAACCUCAUGGCACCGCAAUCGCAGAAGGAGGUUCAACUUUAGCUAAUGUCAUAACGUUGCCACAUAAAUGUAUACUAUAAAAUCUUUAUUUAAAAUUAUGUUUAAUAAUAAACCAAAAUUGGUAUGCAAAGCGAUGAAACCAAUUAAA